UCGACAUGGCCGGGGGGUAGUAGAAGGCCGGUCCUCAAAUGUUUCUAAUGGUACAGGUGUGGUUACUAGCGCAUUCUAGUAGCGUAUAUUGGCAACGUACUAAAAUAAUUAUUUUUGAAAUAAUAAUAUAUUAAUGUAAUUAUUGAAAUUGUAUUUAUGAAACCUAAUCUUAGUGGUUACUGGCUAUUAUAUUUUGUAGACAUAUCAUCAGACUUAAGUGACUGUCGUAACGUUGGUUUGUGGAUCAUCUGAUUUUAAAAUGCCUCGUCAAUGUUCGGUGAUUUCGUGAUAGAGUAUUAAAAGAAAACAAGCUGUUCAGUUGUUUAAAGUUCGAGACUCAGAUUUUUAUGCUUGGAACGAAAUUAUUCGAAAAGUAAAUGGUAAUUUGAAUCGUAAAGUGGUUUAUGUCUGCGCUGAGCACUUUUCUAAUGAUGAUUUGAUAACUCAUUAUAAUGGACCUAAUGAUUUGGAAAAAGUUAAAAGACAUUUGGUUGGGUUAAGGAAGGGAGCUAUUCCAUCAAUAUUUGAUACAUCAAUUGAUAUCACUGAAAACCAUAAUACUGUAACUCCUGAUUUACCAGACCCAUCCGGAAAAAGUACAUUAACUACUGAACCAUUUAGAAAACAGUUGUUUAAUGAACCUAUUGCUAAACGAAUAUGUCUUAAUUCACAGAUCCUAAUACAAGUUUGUUAAUGACUUAUGAUUAUUACACCCAAAAAUAGUCUGUCUAGAACUAUAGACUAUUAUAUGAAUUUAAAUACUCAUAAGCACUAAUUAACUAUUGUUAUUUAUUUAGGAAACAUUUACCAGUUAUGAGGAAUUAUUAAUGCCAGUUGGUUGGAUGUUGUACCGUGAUGAAUGUAUAGUGUCUUUGUAUAAACCAAUUAAAUCUGAAUGUGGUAGUGAAAUGAAAGUGGUCAUUCAGAAACAAAUUGUUUUUCAAUCUAAUAUUUUAAAAAUAAGCUAUUAUGUCAAUCAAAAAUGAAGAGAUCCUAAAGUAUAAGGUCUAUCACAAUUGACAUACCCAUUAGAUUUUAUGAAAAUUAAUGAAACUAUUAAAUUGUUUGAACAGAAACAAACUUGUCAAGGUGGUCCAAGUGUCAUCAAUUUUCCUGGAAUUCAUAUUAAAAACACUAAUUUAGACGGUUCAAUAUGGCGCCAUAACGAAUGUUCAAUUCUUACUAAUUCUACAAAAAGAUGUCAAAGAUGUAAUUUAUUAUUUCCUUACUUUAGGGUAUAUAGAAAAAGGUCAUCUAUUAAAAAUAAAACAAAUAUUGGCUCUACUCUGACUCCUACUAGACGAAGUAUAUUAAAACAAAUUUUAAGAAAAACAAAAAUGGUUAAACAAUCCAAUAAAAGGUUUAAAAUAAAAGUAGAACAAUUGAAUGUAACAUUGAAUGAAGUACAAUGUAAAUCAAAAAAUUUGACAAAUGAAUCUGUAGCUGAUCUAUUUGAAAGUAACAACUUGAAUACAUCACAGAAAACAAUUAUUCAAGAAAUUAUCAAUGCCAGUAAAGUCAUGAACACUAAAAAUAGGAGGUAUUCAGAAAAUUGGAUACUAUUAUGCAUCUUAUUGAAAAUUAGAUCUUCCACUACUUACCGAUUUUUAAGAGAACAAGAAGUAUUACCUCUACCAUGUCCAAGAACUAUUAGAAAAUUUUUAUCAAUGAUAAACAUUCAAUGUGGUUUUGACAAGAAAUUUUUCCAAAUAUUAAAAAAAAAAAUUGGUAUACUUAGAUCUGAACAAAAACAUGGUAUGUUAGUUUACGAUGAAAUGUUUUUAAGAGAAAGUCUUAAUGUAAACUCUCAGACUCUCACUUAUUGUGGAUUGGAAGAUUUUGGCAGAGAAGUAGAUUCUUCUGAAUUAAAAGCUAAUCAUGCAUUAGUUUUUAUGUUCCAAAGUUUAGCUUUAAAUUUUGCUCAACCUAUUGCAGUUUUUGCAUCUCAUGGUCCAGUUAAAGGUAUUAAAAUUGAAAUACUGUAAUCGUGUUAUUUGUUUAUCAGAUAACUAAUAAUAUUGUUUUGACAAACUAGUAAUAAUUUAAUAAACAACCAAAAAACAUCAGUAUAAUAUUUAACUUUGUGAUUUAAUUGUAUAUGCUUUAUUUUAUGUGUUAGAUGUUAGUUGUAUGUUACUGUGGACUGCGGUAGGUACAUACAUUUUUAUGUUUAUAAAUAUUAGGAACUGUAUGUGGUUAAUUAUUGAAUGUUGCAUGAUUUUAAUAUACCGUCUUAAUAUAUUGUAAUAAUAUCUAUGUUAUAAUGGUAUAUUUCUAGAUUAUAGGUAUUUUGCUCUUCGUUUUAUUUGUGUGUUUCUAUAUGGUAAAUUUAUUUGUGUUCCAUGAUUUGAAUGUCCAGUUUCAUAUAUAUUAUGUAUUGUGUGUACAUAUUGCAUGUAUAUACAAUAAUGUACAAAUUAAGUGUUGUACUUUUAUGUUUUAUUUGUUUGGUUUUGGCCCAAUUGGUCAUUAAAGCAAUAUGCUUGUUGGAAAAUAUUGGAUGUAGAGUUGAAGGUGUGGUUUCAGAUGGGGCAUCAACCA